AUGUCGCACCCAACUAUAGAGGGCACUUCCCAUUCUAUCUUCGACAACCUUAUAUCGUGUAUGAUCCAGGACAUUGUUGCAAGGACUACAACGCAAGCACAUGCCCUGAGGUUUAGGUACGGUGAUGAUCCAAAACCGUACCACUACGAUAAGUCAGGUAAUCUUGAUAUUCACGGCAGGCCUAAGCAGCUAGAUAGUGCCAUCUACUUCCAUUGUGAUAAUUGCAAUAGAGAAGUCUCGGCAAACCGAUUCGCAGCACACGUUGAACGGUGUUUGUCGCGUGGAAGAAGAGCCUGA